AUGCCACAUUUUAAUAUUGAACCGUUCUAUGGACUUCCAUCAGAAGACGCCCACACCUGGCUUCAACGAUUUCAAGCAUGGACAGAUAUUCAACGAAUCCCUGACGAAAGUUUUGGUUCUGCAAUGCUUCUUCAACUUCAAGGACCCGCUGUUAUAUGGUUGAAUAAUUUGCCUCCACAAUUAGUCCACAGUAAACCAAGAUUAGUUCAUGAAUUUAAGUAUCAUUUCAUAGACUCACGGCCUAACAAUUGGUUAUUAGAACAACAACUGUAUGAAAGAGUUAUGCUACCAGGUGAAAAUAUUGAAAACUAUAUUAUUGACAUUGAAGCAAAAUGUACUAGACUCAAUAAAACAGAAACAGAAAUGAUCUCAGCUUUCAUACUAACUCCAUCUUUACGUGCAAGCGUUAUACAGAAACAACCAACUACAUUUUUAGAUGCUGUUCCUUAUUGUCGCUUAGUGGAUCAGUCAUGUUCAUUGGUGCCACACCCACAACAAAGACAGUCUACAAAUAUGUCAGAUGUUAUGUUUGAACUUCACUCACUAAAAUCGAAAGUAGAAGAACUAAGCCUUAAGCCUACUUCCAGUUCCAGUACAAAUAAAGACACAUCUACAGAAUAUUUUGAAGCAAACCUUGCUGCUGUUCAACAAAAGACAGUUAUAUGCCAACUUUGUAACAAGAAAGGUCAUACAGCAAAGAAGUGCUACAGCCUAAAACAGUCAACUACCAAAGAUGAUAAGUCAACAUGUGAUCCAGUCAUAUGUCACAAAUGUCAUGGUCCAAAUCAUUAUGCAAAAUAUUGUUUAUUUGAGGAUGAAUCAGUUUCACAAUCGGAAAACUAG